AUGCGGCAUUGGCCGCAAGCUUCUGGCGGAGCUUCCCAAGGAAUGGCUCCGUCAGCUCGGCGCGCCUCAAUCUCUUCAAGCUCCCGCUCUCUCGAUCAUUGUUUGGAUGACAUUUUGAAGAAAAUGGAAGAGGACUGGAACGUGGUGCAACUAUUGGCGCAUCACCGACGCAAGUUCAAGAUACCUUCACAGGACAUGCAGACCUUCACGCGACAAUUCUGCCAGCUCUGUUUGACAACACUGACGUCUAGAGGACAAGAUGUGCUGUCCGCCAGCUUGCAACGGGUUCAGCUCGAACUGAAGGCUGCUCGACAGGAUUUUGAGCUGAAGUUGGCCCGAUGUAAUCUUGGCGCCAUGAAGCAGUUGGAUCGGGUGAAGGGAGGCACAGGAACGCCUCUGCAAGACGAUCAUGUCACCUUCUUCGAGCCUAUGAGGCACCUGAGCGAGGAUCAGCGGCUGCUGGUUUUAAUGAUCGUCAAGGACAAGCUUCUUCAGAUCCUCGACGGCUCAGCGUCUGCAUCCUUUGUGGAAGAGCUGAAGCAGUCGAUGGGGUUGGAUCCCUCGAAGCUUAUCGACAAGGCGUCUCCCAAGGCCGGUGAUGAGCUCCUGGAAGACGAGGACGAUGUAGAUCUCGAAACGGCCCUGCGACGUUCCAAGGCCGCGGCAAACGCCGCCCUUCGCCAGGCGGAGGAGGAUCGGAAUCAUGCCCGGAGCCUUCAGCAGGAGCUGGACAGGUGCAGGAGGGAGGUCUUUAGCCUGAAAGGGCAGCUGGCGGAGCGUCAAAAGCAGCUCGAGCAGCUCGAGGCGGGUAUGGACAAGCUGAAAGAUCUGGGCCUGGAGCCAGAAGAAGCGAACUUCAUGCUGUCCGAGUUGGGAUUGGAGCGGGGAGUUAGUGGAGCCUCGGCCCCUGCCCCCCAGGGUUUCGAAGUGCGCUACGAUGGAGCUCCGGAGGAUUGUACAAAUGACUGUAUUCUGAAAUGGCACAACGAAUCUGGCCUUGAUGCAGAGUCGCUUGUGGCCGUGCAGAUCGAAGACGCUUCUGAGAGUAGCGAAGUGGGCCGACGACAACCGAGUAUUCUGUGUACCUACGAGAGGCACGCAGAUGCGGAGAAAGCGGUCGUGGCUUUGCAAGAUUCGGUGCUGGUCUCCGCCAGCGGCAAAAAGUCCACCGUCACCGCGUCGAUGUCUCCGCCUCCGGACGCUUCGGGCUCUCCCACGAGCCGGGGUCUGGCCGAAUCGAGCACCGCGGCUGCGGGUCGCGGCCCCUUUAAGCACCCCAAGCCACUGACAUCACCUACCGGGAGCGCCAAGCUGGAGAUAGCAGAGGCACCUACUCCCACAGCUGCGUCACCCAAGAGCUUGGGACGGGAUAUUCGACCAAAGCCAUUGGAAAGGUCGCCUGAGUCGCCCCAUUCCGAAUCGGGGGCUUCCGUGCUUUCAAAGAGCUUUUCUCCCAAGGCAGCCGUGUCUGGGCCGCCAGCCGGGCAGGACUUGGCAGAGCUCACAAAAACCCGGAAAAAGGUGGAGCUCUUGGAUGCAGAGAACAAGAGGCUGAAGGUUUGCCUUGAGGAGCUUCAGGCGAAGCUUCGUCAUUUGAUGGGCAACUGCUCUCAACGAGGCAUCGGCAAAGAGGUCAGCAACAUUGCCAACAAAGUUGGCCUGGAGCGUCUUUUGGCAUGCCCCUCUCGUUUCGAGAUUCUCUACCAAGAUGCCUUCAAGCGCAUCGAGCGCCUGGAGGAACUGAGGAAGAAAAGCCUGGAGGAACGGCGACGCAUUUUGGAGGGCGCUCCGGAACCCUGCGAAGCAUCGGUGCUAAGCGUGGUGGAGAGGAGCCCUCUGGUGAUACUGCAGCAGUUGCUGUCGGAGGGGCCGGUCGGAUAUUCUCUGAUCUCGCCGGGCGGAAGCCCGAAACGAAGGAAGAAGCCAAAGGCUGCGUCAAGCUUCCAGACUGCGCCUGCUGCAAGCAACAGCCCGUCUCGGGCACCUGAUGUUCUGUUGCCACUUAUUCUCCCAAAGAACUUGACAUCUGCAUCUGCUCCCAGUUUACAUUCGAGAGCUAUGGAGGGCCGGAGGCUCCUUGCGUAG